AUGGCGUCGUCGGCCCUGGACUCUUGGGCUAGGGAUUACGGCGAGGCCGCUAGGCUGGCCGAUGAGGUCGCCACCAUGGUCGCCGAGAAGGGCUCCUCCUCCUCCCCCUUCCCCGGUGGUGCCCAUCAGGAAGCCAGGCGGCAGGCGCCGGCUCUGCGCAGGAAGAUCACCAUCCUCGGCGCCCGCUUGGACGGCCUCGAGUCUCUCCUCUCCAACAUCGUCGCUCUGCGGCCGCCUCCGUAGGAACCUUCCUGAACCCGUGGAUCGAAUUCCGGAUAAAUGCUGCUGUUAUGUCUUAUUUUUACCAACUCUUCGCUCUACAUUCCGAUAGAUUCUUGAUAUAAUCCCCUGAAAUGCCUGAUCCCCUCGCGCUGGACUCCCUCGCUAUCAAUGAGAGAGUUGGUAAUCUGAAGCGCGUCAAGGAAACUUCUCCGUGUCGUCGACAAUGGGUUCGGUUUGAUGGGUGCCCGCCCCCACCGUCUCGCCUAGUAUACUCUGAACUUCCUGAUCAGACCGUUCGCCUUUACAAGGGUUCGAAGUCUGCCUACUGGCGAGGAGCAUGGAGAAAGAUGCUAACUGAGCGCGUAUCGUUUACUGAACUGUUUGAGGUAGUCAAGCCCGUCGCUGCAGCAGGCCCCCGAGAUGGAGACAGCUAUCGAUCGUAGAGAGUGUUUGGAGACGAGUGCAAUCUUCAAUCCAGAAGCUCGACGGAACGGGGCGAUGAUCAGGGACCAGCCAUGAAAGAUAAUGGCCGGAUGCUUUAUCGUAUUCUUUUGUUCUUGUCAUUUAAAUCAGUUUGGGAAUGCGAGAGGGACUCUUCCAGAUGCAGGAUUGGAUCGGGAUGAUCUUCCGGUCAUUGAUUUAUUUGUUUAUAUUUCUGUCAGAUUCAUCUGAGGGAAGACUUACCAUGUAUUUUGAUAACUGCAAUAGCCUUCAUUUAUCUGUGUUGAGAACGGUCUAGUGGAGAUGUGGAAAGAGACGAAGAUAUGCCGCAUUGAUGAGAUAUCUGGGCGCCGUUGAAGCGGAUUUGUAGAUGUUGCAGCUUUUAGUCUUGAGUAAUCACGGGCUUGAGCUCUGUUGACUUUCUCUUCUUUUCCUGGUCCAUCCCUUGUGCAGAGCAGAGAAGGAGCUGCAACGGCGUUGGGUCAUGCUCGCAAACCUCAGAUCUAAGACGAAGCAGAUGGCCGCCGCAUCGAACAUGCUAAAUUUCGCCAGCAGGUAGAUUGCCAACUGAAUCCCUCUCGGUCAACUCUGUUUACUCGUCGUAGAUUCAGCCAGAUGUUCUAGUUUGGUGCUCGCAUUAUGAGAUCUUUUGUCACAUCUUUUUGCAUGAAAGCAGGGAAGAUCUGCUCGGACAAGGUGGGAAACCUGCGGACGGAGUGGACAGAACUGCAGGCCUGGACAGCCAAGGGAUCAUCGGGCUCCAGCGGCAGAUCAUGAAAGGCAGGCUUCGACUACCCUCCACCUUUCUUGUUCAUGGAAACACCCAGUGCGAUCUUCUCCCAUGACAAAAGUGGGUCUGGUUCCUGUGCGCCGCAGAGCAAGAUGAUGGGCUGGUGAGGCUGGAGGAGACGGUGCUGAGCACAAAGCAUAUCGCCUUGGCCGUCAACGAGGAGCUGGAUCUUCAUGCUAGGCUCAUCGUACGAUGGCGUUCUCUCCCCUACACGGGCGCUUCUUCUUUCUUCUUCUUAUCGAUUAAUGGCGGCGGGUUCCUUGACCUGGUGCAGGAUAGGUUGGAUGCGCAUGCGGACUCGACGAACUCGCGCCUGCAGGUAACUCCGCCGCUGACCCAGAAGUCCACCAAGACGAUGAUAAAUCAGAUGGCCAUUGUUUUGAGGCUUGAUGGGUCGCGCUGUGUCUGUGGAGGGGGUUGACUUUGUGGUUGCUGACUUCGUGUCCGCAGAGGGUGCAGAAGAGGCUGGUGAUCCUCAGCAGGAACGCCAAGGGAGGGUGCUCCUGCAUGUGCCUGCUCCUAUCGGUGAUCUCCAUUGUGAUCCUCGCUGUCGUGGCCUGGGCCCUCGUCAAGUACUUGUGA